AUUAAAUAAAAAAAAAAUAGUUGUUUCGUUAGUUUAGUGUCUGGUUUUUCAAUCAGUCGAGUCAGUUGGUGUGUUGCUGUAUCAGCAAUAGUACAGUUAGUUUAGACUACGAGUGCUCAACAACAACACCAACCAGUGUUUUAGUGCGAUUAGUCGACUAUCCGGAGGACUAAAUAAAUAUAUAAUUUAUUAUUAUUACUAUUAGUAUUACUGUAUUUAAUACCUGUAUAUAUGAUAUGAGACAAGAGGUCACUGUUAUAUACAUUGAUUGUCUGCUAUUAGUAAUAAAGUAUUGAAAGAAAGAGAGAAGUCGUGUUUUUUUUUGGUGCUGAGUGUCUGUCUGGUAGUGGUUGUGGUAGUGGUGUUUGGAGUGCACUUCCACUGUUAGACUUCAAAACAUCGGGAGAUAGAGAGAGGACAGGACACGACUGGCCUCUCGGGUGGAAAAAAGGAGACAAUGAUGUCGUUUAAGCGAAAAGAUGUUAAAAAGUCUUCAUAUUAUGUAUGGUUUUUGGGCGCAAAAGAGUCUAAAGGCUUGAGAGGUGAUGAGUAUGUGAUGCCAGUGCUCAGGCUAUUGGUCGAUAAGGAGCGACACUCGGAACCGUCUAAAGUGACUCUGCAGGUGAACAACAAGGGUAUCAAAAUUGUUCAGACAGUGAUUGUGGCCAACAAAACACAACAACACCAACAACAACGAACCGGUAGUAGCAAAGGUGGUGGUGGUAGUGGCGGCGGUAGUGUUUUAGUGGCCACCGGUGAUUACAAGUCAUCCUAUACGAGUAGUCUGUUUGGUAGCAUCGGUAUGGGUGGCGGUGGCGGCACAGGUAGCGGCACCGGUGCUGUGACUGUACCGCCAAAAACUGAACAAAUCAAACAUCUGAUACCCAAUCACUCGAUUACAUGGGUCUCGCAGGAAGAGGACAUCAUAUGCUGUAUACUAUUGAUCUACAAUCCGGUUACCAAAUGUCCGGUUCAUGUUCACGCCUACCGAUGCGAUUCAAUAGAAACGGCCACUUCGUUGCGAAAUCAGCUGCAAAUACUGAUCGAUCGGCCGGAAAAUCAGAAAAAAUUUCGCGAAAUCGAAAUACGUCUGAUGGCCAAAGGUUUGAUGACCGCCGCCGCCGCCGCCAAUACUAGUCUACCGUCACUACCAGUGCCGUCGCUACCGUUAUCGCUGUCAUCGGCCACCUCAUCGGCACUGGAUUUUCUGCCGACGCCGUCGGCUGCGGCUAACCGACGUACGCUCAAUUCGGACGGUCGGAGUACUCGGACGGACGGAUCCGAUGGUUCGGACGAGUCGUUAAGUUCGUCAUCCUAUAUGAUGGCGGCAUACCAUCAGCAGCAGCGACACCACCACCUGAACAGCAACAUUGAUAAUAUUGAUUGUGAAGUCAAACAUCAACAACAAUACCAUCAAACUAAAGGUGUUUCCCGAUUGAACAGAAGUUAUUCAACAGUGAAUAAUAAUAGCAAUAAUCAUAAUAAUAGAGUGAAUAAUAAUAAUCAUAAUAAUAAUGACAGCAAUUGUCAUCUAAAAAGUUAUCGCAAUAAUCAUAAUCACAAUAAUAAUAAUAAUAAUAAUAAUAUAUUAGCUAACAGUGCUUAUAAUAAUCAUAAUAAUAAUAGCAAUGUGUCGAUGCUUUACGAGUCGCUGGCGGCUGAAUUCAAAGCCAAGUUAGACAAUCCCAAGUCCGGGCCGAUACUGUUGCCGCCCCGCGAUUACGACACUAUUAGCCGCAAACGGGGUAAACUAGUCGACAUGGAUGUCCGCAAGUCGACCAAUCCGACUAUUGUCGGCUCACCAAACAGUCCUCAACAACAGCAGCAACUGUCACCUCAUUCAACAGCGCCUGGCUCUGUAAACACCCGGAACACUGGCGGCACCAGGAGUUCAUUGAUGCGCUGCGAGUCGUCGGCCGCCGCCGUCGCCGCCGCAGUCAAUCACAGGCCACUGGCUGUCCGGCGGUCCUAUUAUUUUGAUCGCAUAGAUUCGCUCAAAUAAUAAUAAUAAUAAUUGAUUUUUUUAAAAAGCCCAUACCCUCCUCCCCAC